AUGGGCACCAGGUCAGUUAAUCACAGUAAUAUAGAGCUGAUUAUAAGUAAAAAUAAACUAACUGACCCCAAACAUGUGGCUGGUGCUUUCAACAAUUAUUUCUUUGAUACAGCACGGCAGUUAAUAAAUACACAUCUUGACAAAAAGCCACUGAAUCUCUCAGUUCAAAAAAUUCAUCCAAAGACAUUAUUCAUGUAUCCAGCAACAUCUGAGGAACUAUCAAGAAUCUUAAAAGAAUUAUCUAACAGAUAUUCAAUGGGUGUUGAUGAGAUACCAGAUGCUAUUAUCAAAGUUAGUGCAACAUUUAUUGUGGAACCACUAACAGACAUAGUAAAUUCAACUUUUGAGAGUGGUGUGUUUCCAAAUAAUCUAAAAACUGCAAAAGGAACACCUUUGCAUAAGAAGGGUGCAAAAAUUGAUAUUGCUAAUUAUAGGCCAGUUUCAGUAUUUCAGGCUUCAGCAAAAUUAUGGAAAACAAUAUUCCUCAGACAGCAAAUUUUGCCUUCUUAG